GAAAGAAUUGAGGCUGUGGCGGCGCAGACCACCGCAAACCACUGUAAAGGUUUCGCCAACAUUGGGACAUGCAGCGUGCAGGCCGCUUUAUCACCGAAGUGCUCAAGAAGCUGAAGUACACAGAUGAAUUCGUCGACAAGGUGAAGCCCGUGGCUUCGACGCGUGAUGGCGCGGUGCAGUUUGAGCUUCGGCUGGAGAAGCAGCACUGCGACCUGCAUGGCACCCUUCACAGUGGCAUGGCAUUCGCCCUCGUGGACCUGUACACGUGGACGACCGCUUGCACGUUGUACGACCAAGAGUCACCGUUCGUCAGUCUGAACUUGACAGCCAGGUAUUUGCACCACACAGCAAGUUCCUCUCUGCCAGCGAGGCUUGGUGACGUCAUCCUCAUGGAUACCCGGAUCACCCACGCAGGGAAGAAGGUCGCCUACGUCGAGAUGGACAUCAUUAACAAGGCCACGAAACGGCUGCUUGUUCAAGGCUCCCACACGAUAUUCGUUUUAUCAAGACGGGUGCUUAGUGCCCAGUGA